GUCCCGAUACAGAGUGACCACGACUAUGUCACACGAUUAAAAGAUGCGAAACCAUCAAAGGAUGAACCUCAGUAGGUUAACAAUGACUUCUUCUUCCCAUAGAGCGGUGGUUCUCAAACUUCCUAACGCCACGACCAUUUAAUACAGUUCCUCAUGUUGUUGUGACACCCCCCCCCCAACCAACCACAAAAAGAACCGUAAAAUUAUUUUCGUUGCUACUUCAGAAAUGUGUGUUUUGCGAUGGUCUUAGGCGACCCCUUUGUAAGGGUUGUUCGACCCCCCAAAGUGCUCGAGACCCACAGGUUGAGAACCGCUGUCUUAGAGCUUUGUGAAAGUCUGUUAGAGACAAUUUAUAUUCUAAAAAAUUCAUUUGACUAUCUUUUCUAAUAGAACAACUUAGUAAAACAUUCAGACUAAUACGUUCUAGCAGAGAGAUUAUUAGCAAGAAGAAAAACACAGUUGAAAACAAGGAAAACGUUUCGAAGUUGUAAAACUCCUUUCCGAUCAUUCCCUUGGGAUUUUCACUUAGUCCCGGUUCUCCCAUUUCUUAUUAGAUUCAGUUGAGAUAACUAUGUAAAAUAAAAUAAUGCAUGCUAAUUCAUGGCAUUAAUGUAUCCUAUAAAAGCAUUAUCAUUACCUCUGCAAUAACUUCUCUACUCACUGUAUGACAAAUCUCGAUAAAGCUUUGAGCAAUAUUUUAGAGAAUGGGUUUAGGAUGAGCUACACUACUUUUUGGGGAAAAUAUCCUACUUUAAAAUAACAUUUUAUUGGGCUACGUUUAGGCCUAUGGUGUCUUUCUUUAAUUUUUAUUUUUUUACUUUAGUUAUUUAAAAAAAAAAUUGAGUUAAACUUUUCCCCCCCAUUAUUAUUAGACUGACAUAGACGUCUAUGUCGUGAAUUAAAUUUACUGCCGUAGAAAUAAUAGCACGCGUUAUGAAAUGUUUCAUAUGUGAUCAACGUUUUCUAAUGCUUUUUGUAUGUCUUUCAGGGAACCAAAAACGCUCAAAUUCAACCGCUACGACCAUAUAUAUAGAGUGGAGAGAAGGAGCUAUUUGGGGAGGUAUGAAGUGAAAGGAGAUAAUUUCCCGAUCAAUCCGUACUCAGAUUCUGAGACGCCGGAGGAGCAGCUGAGUAUCGAGCUGCCAAGAUGGGGACCAAAUCACUUUGGAAUACCUGUAAUCACAAGGUAGCUGCAUCUUUUAUGGGCUUUUCUUUACGUUUUUUGUUUUUUUUCUUUUUGUUCGUCACAGCACGUUUCGGUAAUUAGACCAAACUAAUGAAAUCUGUUUCUCAAAUAGAGGGUUGAGAUCGGUGCCAAUUCAUGUUUAAGAUAAUUAGACCAACCUGAUGAUUUCUAUUUUUCAAAUAACGGGUUCAGAAUUACAACAACAGCAACAACAACAAAAAUGUCAACUGAAAGGAAUUUAUUAUGCAAAGCAAUUGCGUGUAAAUGAGGCGACAAUGGUGUGAGUGAGGCGACAAUGGUGUGUGAGUAAGGCGACAAUGGUGUGUGAGUAAGACGACAAUGAUGUGUGAGUAAGGCGACAAUGGUGUGUGAGUAAGGCGACAAUGGUGUGUAAGUAAGGCGACAAUGGUGUGUGAGUAAGGCGAAAAUUGGUGUGUGAGUAAGGCGACAAUGGUGUGUGAGUAAGGCGACAAUGAUGUGUGAGUAAGGCGACAAUGGUGUGUGAGUUAGGCGACAAUGGUGUGUGAGUAAGGCGACAAUGGUGUGUGAGUAAGGCGACAAUGGUGUGUGAGUAAGGCGACAAUGGUGUGUGAGUAAGGCGAAAAUUGGUGUGUGAGUUAAGCGACAAUGGUGUGUGAGUAAGGCGACAAUGGUGUGUGAGUGAGGCGACAAUGGUGUGUGAGUAAGGCGACAAUGGUGUGUGAGUAAGGCGACAAUGGUUUGUGAGUAAAGCGACAAUGGUGUGUGAGUAAGGCGACAAUGGUGUGUGAGUGAGGCGACAUUGGUGUGUGAGUGAGGCGACAAUGGUGUGUGAGUGAGGCGACAUUGGUGUGUGAGUAAGGCGACAAUGGUGUGUGAGUAAGGCGACAAUGGUGUGUGAGUGAGGCGAAUAAUGAUAUGGACGGUGAGUUAUGCUUUUAAAUUUCUCACUGGAAUAGAUUGGACAACUCAUCCAUUCUAUCCCCCCCCCCCCCCCCCCCCCUCCAACCAACCCAAAUCACCUUUUUUUGAUGAACUCUGGAUCUGUAAAAAAUUGUACUGAUAUUAAUUUUUAGGGUAAAAUUUGAAUCUAAAGAGAAAAAAAUUGCUAAGAAGGACAACAAGUCAGUCCUUGAGUUUCUAGUGGAAACAACAGAUGACGGAAAGUAUCACUUCCCAAAGGUAAGUUUUCAUUAGAACGCUGUUACACUCAGGAUUAUAAAGGAUAAACUGUUGAAUUUAGGAAUUUAGAAUUGAUUCUGGUCAUAAAGUAAAGAUGUUAAAUAUAAAAAUGAUGAUAACGUAUAUAUAAUUUAUAAUUAAAAUAGCGAUAAAAGUAAUAGAUUGAAAAGAAAAAUAAGCAAAGCUGGAAGUUCAGCAAUAAAAUAAUAUAGUGAUAGAGGGAGACAAUGCUCUCAUGGGGAGAGACUGCAAAAAGGUUAGGUAGAAGAAACAAAUGUAAAACAAAGUAUUGGAAAACCUGAAGAAGAAAAAAUGAUGCGAUAAAUCAGCUUCAUUUCGUAUAUUUUCAAUAUAAAAAUACAUCAAUAUAUAAUAUACAGUUGAUAUAUUUUUUUUAAUAUAACAUUUUUUACAAAAUCAGGUUAACAUCUCUCCUUCACGUGAUCUAUUUAUAACCUACAUUAAAAUCAAAGAAAGGGAGACAGCGGACUUAAAGAGAAAUGCGGGAAGUAACCCAACACCACGGGUAGGUUUAUUCCGUUUACUUCCCCUGAUAUAGUCUUCAAAAACCAGAGGCUCUUAACCAGAGACUACCGUGUCCCAAAUCUGUGAAGUCAGAGCCGUCUCGUGACUUUUGGGAGCCCUUGACUCUUUCCGGUUUAUUACCACACCCCAUCCCCAUCCCCCCCACACCCCCCCCCGGCCACUUUCUGAUUUGUGCCCCCUGCACUCAAAGUUGAAAGUUUUAACAUUACAAAUGAGGGCCCCUUAAAUGCCCGAGGGCUGCGAGUGUUGCAGGGCCCACGUGACAGACCUGGGUGCGGAAUCAAUGACAGUGUUGUAACAAGAAUCAGAAAUGUUUGACACAGAUAAAAGAGAGAAAAAAAUAAGAAAAAGGGGAAAAUGACAACAAUUUUACAAUUUUGAAAUGAUUUCUCAUUAUUAAAAUUUGUACGAACUAACAGGUUAGGGUAAGGUUGUAUGUUUUAAAAUUAAGUGAGGGUGCUGAUCGGCAAAGACGCUGAGAGCCCCUGGUUUAAUAUAACUCUAAAUAACUUUGAGUUUCAAUGUUCCGUUUUAUUUUAACAUCAUGGUUUACACUCUUUAGCCCCCGAAGCCGGAAAAGUCAACUAUGAAAUCAAAACAGCGCUGGAGAGUACCUUUCAUGGUAAGACGUUGAUGUGCUAUGUAAGGAAUCGUUUGCAAGGAGCUGAAUGUGCAUUGUAAACAUAUUUUUUGUCAUUGAAUUCAGUCCUCACCACUAAUUACAAAACUUAAACAUUUUGAUUUUUUCAAUUUCUAUAAAUACACAAGUUUGAAAAAAAAAUGUUACGAAAUGUGCUGAAUCCACUUAGUAAGGCUACCAUUCUGUUGAUGCUACUAUACACCAUAUUAAUUUAUAAUUUUUUAUGGUGAGCACAAUAUUUUUUUUACAACUAGAAAAUUUGAACCGUUGUUACCGGGAUAAAAUAGUGGCAGGCGUAACGCGUUACUUUCUGACGGCCAUUGCGAUGUCUUUACACCCAAGUAUCAAAAUUUUAACAAAGUUACUUAAUCGCAUUUUUGACAUAUCUUGUAAAGGAAAUGACGACAGAUUUCCAGGUGCUUGAAAUUUAUAUUAAAAAAAAAAAAUAGUAAAUCAGAAUUUAAAAAAUAAGUACCUACAUAUAGAUGGUUACGUUUCUAACAUGACAAAGUUUUGAUAAAUUUCUAUCUUCUCUAUUACAUAGGCGUACACAUCACCCCUGAAUUACCAAAAAUAAAAUAAAAUAAAAAUAAAUAAAUAAUGUAUAUAAGCAUUUACUAGCAUUAAGUAAUAGUUUAUGUAACAUUUUAAAUAUUUGUAGCAUAAAAAGGUUGGACAUUUUGAUAUCUUCAUUAAGAAUAUACCCAACCCUUUGACUCUCUUCUGAACUAUAUUAUACAAAAAAUCCUUCGAAAGAACACACUUAAUUUUAAAUCUAAAAAGUAUUUGUUAACCAAUUUUCAUCUUGUGUGGGUGUUUUUUUUUUUUUAAAGUAAUAUUAAUCUCGUAAACUUUACUCGCACUAGUUCAAGAACUGUAUUUACGCUAGGUGGAAUGACAAAUAUUAUUACCUUGUAAAAAAAAAAAAACUUAACCAAUCGUUGUUCACACCACCUUAAUUAUUUUUCGGUAAAUGAAAACUGGGCUCUAUUUUUAAAGGUUAAAUUUUUAAUUGUAAAAAAAAUGAUUGGGUUUUGAAAUAUUGUUAUCCCCUUAAAGAUAUUCCCACCCUCUUUCUUGCGCACUUGAAAUGUAAUGUAAAAAAGUUUUUAAAAAGAGUUAACGCCUAUGAUAUUGUUUUUGUGAAAAAAUAAAAUGUUACAUUCUCUUUUUAUGAAUAUGUGUAUUUCAUGGUGCCCAAGGCAAUACAAGAGACGUCACAAAAUAAAGGAAUUAAUUUGAUUAAUAAUUAACCUUCUUGGGUACAUACAUAUCGAAGAUAGGAUAAAGGAUGUGUACAUUUUAACGUGGAUGACAAUAUAUUUAAAUUCUCUGGUAUUACAUUUGUGAAAAAGAGUUGUUAAAUUCUCUUUUUAAAGAUAAACAUAUGUUUACCAAUUAAGAAAAUCAAUGGCGUUAACAAAUCUUGGGUACAUUCAUUUAAGUAUAUCCAUGAAUAUCAAAACCCACCCAUUUUCCACGCUUGAAAUUUAAAUUUUGACAAAUGAAGAUUGGUUAAAAUUUUAUUUGGAAAAAAAAUGAAAAUAUAUUUUUUUUGUUACUUUGCAAAAAGUAAAGAGGUGUGUAUUUUUAUGAGAUUAACACUUUAAUUUUUUUUAAAGACAGUCAAGUCUGCUUUAGGCGUGAAAAACAUUUUUUUAAAAGUCAAUAAUGUUUUUAAUUUUUUUAUGAAGAUAUCAAUAUACAUCGAAUUCAUGUAGUACAAAAUAUAUUGAUAUCAUAUAUAGAUUUUUUGGGUGUAAAUUUAAGAUUUUUUUUUUUUAAAUUUUGAGAGAAAAAAAAUUGAACGGCACGAAAAGGAUAAAUCUAAAGUAUUUCUCUAGCGUAGUAAUUGUCCCUCAAUUAACUUCUUUAGUGACAAAAGUGAUAUAAUUAGUGAUAAUUUACACUGGGUAAUUUAAGGUCAAGUUUAGAGCGGGGAAAGUAGUUUAGGAGCGUGAAAGUGUGUAGGGUUAUGCGUAUCAUAUAUAGCAGAUAAACACUUCUCAAAACUAAAUGAUGUUAGAAACGUAAAUAUUACAAUUUAAGAGUUAUGAAUUGGGAUGAAUUUUUGCAACAGCAGUUAGAAAUUAUCGCAAAGGACCUACCAUUAUUAUCCCGAUAACAUCGGGUCAUUUAUUCUAGUUAUAUAGAACAAGUUAAUACAUUUAAUGACGCGACAUAAGCUAAAGAAAAACUUUUAGAAAGGCUGAGAAAGUAUAUGUUUUUCCCUAAAUAAUGUGAUCGCAACCUUGUCCUUGAUUUAAUAUAUUGCAAAUUGGCCCUAUUCAAAUGUACCAUAAUACUAUGUACCAGACAACAUUGUACUUUAAUAAUAUUAACCAUAUUACCAUAUUAAUCUGGACCAUUUAACUACAUUACUAUUUUUCACCAGAUAAAGAAAGCGUUUCCAAAAUCUCAGGAGAAUGAUCGCAAGAAGAAACAGACCCAGAUGCACAUGAAACCAAACGAUCAGAUUCAGAUGAGAAGUUGCCAGAAGACCAAAACGGUAAAUUAAACAUACGCAUGUAUAAGAAAUAUGUUUGCCCUGUAGGACUGACUCACUGGCUGCCAGCCCAAAAGUAGUUAACCCACACACGAUACAUUUGUUGGGUGAUUUGAUGAUUAUAUCUUAGGCACCUAGUGCAAUGAGGACCUUCAGAGAUGCCGCUUUUAAGUUCUCUCCUAUAAGGACACCAAUGUACAACAGGUAAAAGAUGUUACAGGUGUGAACAAAUCUAAGGCAUGUAGACUUUCUGUAAAAAAUAAGGGGGAAAAAAAAUGUUUCAAAUUUUUUCUAGAAAUAGCCUUCACGUGCUCAAGGGAAUUGAAAAGGGUAAGAUAUAUUUUUGUAUGAGGAUAACCACAACUAUGAAAAUGAAAGGGAUUUCAGAGUUGAUAAGGUUAUUCGGUUUAUCUGAAAAAUUCGGCCUUUAGAAAUACUUUUCUUCCUAUCUGGUAAAGGUGGAUUAAAAUAGAGGGGUGUGUUUUGUCUAAACAAAUGAAGAUCGUGCAUUAGUGAAAGUUUUUUUUUUUUUUUAGAAUAUUCUUUUAAAUUAAGGAAUAGGAGCCAGAAUGAUCAAUUCAUUGAUCGUGGGCCCUUAAAAUAAAGAAGAAGAAGAAGAAUAUCGUUGGUAACACAUUAAUUGAAUUACAUUUCAAAGCAGUGGCAUUGGAAAAUCAGGGGAAGUGGGUGGCAGCGUACUUAGAGUAGCGCUAAGACAUCAUCAAGCUUUUCAUAAUUUUUGUAAGCUUGAAUUAAAAUGAUAAAAAUUGUAAAAAAAAAAAAAAUUAACACAUCGAGAGAUCCACGCGAAGAGAGCCAUGUGAAGAGAUCCAUGUGAAGAGUCCACAUAAAGAGAGAUCCAUGUGAAGAGAUCCAUGUGAAGAUCAACGUUAAGAGAGAUCCAUGUGGAGAGAUCCACGUUAAGAGAGAUCCAUGUGGAGAGAUCCAUGUGAAGAUAUCCACUUGAAGAAAGCCACGUGUAACGUCAAGAAUCAAUGUAAAGAAAAUACGUUAGUUAACUGUUUCCUUUAACGUAACUUUUCAGAUUUUCAUCGGUCUGGCAGAGAGCGAAACGAUGAUGACCAAGCAUAAAUGGGCGGAGUUUAGGAUCAUCAACUACCACAAUCCAAACACACACUACCAGCAUGUCAUAGAUGCUUUAAUAAACGAGGUUAGAUAAAUAGUUAUGUUAUUUUUUUGUUAGCCUGAAAACAUCAUAAGUGGGAAGGGUCGGGGUAUGGGGGGCCAUUUUAGGUGGGGGAGGGGGGAAAAGGGCAAUUGCCACCAUGUUGUUGUGUCGGAGGUGUGUGGAUAAAGUGGGUGGGUCUAGGGGUAUGUGGAGGCGUUUGUCGAGGGUAUUUGUUUUUUGAGGACGUGGGUCCAGGGUGGGUCAAAAAAUUGGCCGGCAUAAAAAAUAGAUUAAACAUGACCUACAAUAGAUUCAAGUAGCAUUAACAAAUAUUCUCCUGCAAAUCAUUAAAGAAAAUUUAAAUCCUUAAGUAAAUACAUAUUAAUCCUCUUUUAGUUCAUGCUAGAUAUUAACAUUUCAAACUUGAAAGGAGCCUGCCUGAAGUUAAAAUCGUACGAGCUUUUAAGCUGAAGAGAUAACGCUCUACUAAGUCAACACAUUCAUUUGUUGACAUGCUUUAAAAAAAAAAAAAAAAAAAUUAGUUUCAAGUUUGCGUUAUUAAUCCUCUUUUUGUUUAUGCUAAAUAUUAACAUUUCAAAAUUGAAAGGAGCCUGCCUGAAGUUAAAAUCGUAAGAGCUUUUAAGCUGAAGAGAUAACGCUCUAAUAAGUCAAAACAUUCAUUUGUUGACAUGCUUUAAAAAAAAAAAAAAAAAAAUUAGUUUCAAGUUUGCGUCAAAUUUUUGUAUCAAUGCACUAUUUUGUGCGUAGUUUCAUUUUUUGGUGGUGUUGUUUUUGGACCAAAAUUAAAAUUGGAUCAAACAGUAAUUCGAAAGUUGUGACGACAAGGCUUCAUACAAAAAUCGCAUCAGUUGUAUGAAAGAAAAAGGAAUUCGGUCGUGUGAACUGAGCCUUAAUAUAUUGUAUAGCUUAAGAAAUACAACUAUACAAUAAACGAUGAAAACUCGUUAUAUUUUCAAUUUCUAGUUUAUACAAAUAACCAGUGUCACCUCUGGUGUUUGGUUUUCUUUUUAUUUACACACUCUAUUUAUCAACAAUGUUUAUUUAUUUAAAAGUACUAUUUAUUUACAAGAUUUUUUAGAUUUAUCUAUUUAUAAGAUCUAUUUAUUUACAAGAUCUAUUUUUAAACGAUCUAUUUGUUUACAAUUUUUUUUUUUAUUUACUGCAACUGCCUAAGCUAUAAUGUUCGAUUUAUCUUUAUCAUUAAAAAAAAAAAUAUUAGCCCCUGUCGAAUCUUCGGUGGAUAGAUUACAGCGCAUACAGUCUGGUUGAGAACUUCACGGGCAAAGAUAUCUUUGCUUUUGUGUGUGGCCAUCGGGGCUGUUACUUUGAAAAACGGCCAGGUACAGCCGGCAGAUCUGCCCGUCCAAGAACGGCAAAGGUAGGGUUUCCCAAGGGAAUAUCUGAACCUGGGACAUCUGCCCAGGGCAUAUCUGAACCAUUGACGUCUGCCCCGGGCGUGCCUGAAAGAGGGACAUCUGCCCAGGGCAUAUCUGAACCAGGAAUAUCCGCCCAGGACAUAUCUGAACCAGUGACAUCUGAUCAGGGCAUAUCUGAACCAAGGAUAUCUGCACAUGGCAUCUCGAAACAAGGGACAUCUUCCCAGGGUAAAUAUGACCAGGAUACACCUGCCCAGGGGAAAUCUGAACAAGCCUAAGUAGGUAAAAAUCUGAACAAACCAUACCUGCUAAAGGCCAGAUCUGAAUAAGGUACAUCAGCCCCCAAAAUGGUUGUCUUCAUUCCGUAGGUAUCUGAACUAUGGGCUGACAAAAUGUUUUUUCAGUUUGAAAUCUAAAUCUGAGAUAUACAAUGUGUUAUUUUUAAUAGUCAUUUAUUCGUUUCGUGCUCGUCCAUUAACUUACUUAAUAUCCAUAAUCCCAACCCAUCAACUUACGUCAUAUCCAUAAUCACAACCCAUCAACUUACAUCAUAUCCACAAUCAGAACCUAUUAAUUUACAUCAUAUCCACAAUCACAACCCAUCAACUUAAAUUAUAUCCUCAAUCACAACCCAUUAACUUACAUUAUAUACUCAAUCACAACCCAUUAACUUACAUUAUAUACUCAAUCACAACCCAUUAACUUACAUCAUAUCCACAAACAAAACCUAUCACCUUACAGAAUAUCCACCACCCAUUAACUUAUAUAAUAUCCACAACUACAACCCAUUAACUUACAAUAAUUACGUUCACACCUAAGCCCAUUUUUUCGUCUACACCCUAUCCCCAACUACAACCCAAUUUGCAAUGUCGUGAUCAUAACAGUGAAUGAUCACAACUUGAAAUGACUUUUAAAUACAUAAGUACAUUCUUAUUGUAUCAAUAGAUGUUUAGAGAUUCGACGUCCUGUUUUACGUUUUUAAUCUAUAUCUUUCAUAAGUUAAGAGUUUCCCUGCUACUUCGCAGCUAUUUUUGAAUGUGUGUCUAAACACGAAAAAUUGUAAUGUAGGUCCACAAAAGUUUUAUCAUUAAAAUAGUUCACACGUACGUAUAUGUAGAUAAGCUCUAACAAGAAAUGUAUUUAGGAUAAAAUCAAUGUAUUACAGAAGAAAAAUGAAGUACACCGUGUAUUGAACGUUUUGAUAAAAACGAAUAAUUCAUUAAGGUGUGUAAACAUACUUGUAUACGCCUACUUAUAGUAUUUUUAUGCAUGCUAUUUUUAAUUCCCUAUAUGGUGCAAUGUUAAACUUUUGUAACCUGUACAUUGAACUUUUCAAUGAAAUGUUUUGACAUGUUUAAAUAACGUACACCCAUCAACGUUUAAAAGGUUUUUAACAUAUUACACCAAAAGAAAUAUGAUAAAUCAAAAAUAGUUAUUCAAUAUCAGAAUUUUUAUAACAGAUUUUGAUGAUUGCCAUCAACUUCUGCUCCUUCUGAAACGUAAUAUUUACCCUAAUAUAAUCAACUUUGAAAAAUGAAAUUGUUAACUCUGUGUUUAUUUUUUAAAAUACUAUGUCUAUGAUAUUAAGACAAUUAAUAUAGAAUUAGAUUUCACUUUGAUUUUAUGAAAAUGUGAACGUGUUUUUGUG